AUGGAGUUUCAACGCAAAUCAGUUUCAGGUUUGGCCAAGGUUUAUAGUUCUUGCAAUCACUUGGUUUGCCUGUCAUCGGAUCUUGCCCACAUUCCACCUCCUAAUACUCCUUGCAGCAGUGAUCUUUCUGUGUGGUGCUACUCUUGUAAUGCAUAUUUGAAUGCUCAACUGAUACCUCAACUGCAACCCCUUUUUGAGAAAGCCUCCAAGCUAAAAUUUGGUGAAACUCUGCCAUUUCAUACAGUUGAACAUGUAGGAACCGAAGCUAACCAAGCUGAUGGUUGCGAGUCUAAAGAGUGUAAUCACAGGGAGGGGAAAAGGCGACGGAGGAGGAGACGGGGAAAAAAUAGCUCAAUGGAAGGGGAAAGCACCAAGAAAUCAAAUGAGACAUCAGAGAAGAUGUCUAAUGAAGGACCUGAAGGAGCUUUGGGCAUAUUGUCAUCAUCCAGUGCAAGCGAAAGCAAUGAGAAUGAUUUGAAGUUUACUCACAAGCAAUGCCUGUGUGGGAAAGAAGCAAUGAUCAAGAUUUUGAAGUCAGAGAAGAACAAAAACAAGAUGUAUUAUGCUUGCGGAGAGAAUAAGUGUGAUUUAUUUGAACUGUGUUUUGACAAUGAAGCACUAGCUGUGGAUACAAGAUUACCAGAAAUUCAAUCAGCCUUGCGGAACCAAGUUCUGGAUAUGGUUGAUGUUGCAGAACUGAAGGCUGAAGUGCGGAGCUUGACUUCCAGGAUUAACAUAAUGGAGAGUAAUUUUGGGUUGAUGAAGAUGAUGGUUUUGAUGAACUUAUUUUACGGGUUAAUGCUCAUGGUUGUGGUUAUUGCAGUUCUUUUCAAGCUGUAA